UCCCCAUGAGCUCAUCGACCUCUGCUCGGAUGAUCUCGCUCCCAGAAGGCCAGCCGGAGACUAGAAUUGGAGAAGUGCCAAGCCAAAGACAGAUCGCGCCGUGUCGAGCCAACUGAGGCACCAACUAACAACCACCACUGCAAUAACAACAACACCAACACCCACAACACCACGAUGAAACGGCAAAAUCGACCGACAUGCUACACUUCAAGUUCCACGAUCUGACGCCCUUCCAGGCCAAGUCGGCAGCCAUCAAGCGACCCCGUGAGAUUACCGAGUUCUCGUUUGACGACAAGCAUGUCUGCUUUCCACUCGACGACAGGAGCUUGAGAUACUACUAUCCGCCGUUCUUCCACCUCCCUGGUGAUCGGGCUCAGAAUAGAAUCGAUCUCUCAAAAGGAUAUGAAUCCUUCGAAAAAUACAACGACCAGCCCAACCUUCACCUCAAUCCUCUCCUCGACACCAUCCGGCACCAUGAACAGAAGACGGGCACCAGACUGGACGCGGACAUAAUCACCUGGCGUGGCAUGAUGACCAAGAUAUUGACUGCGCCCUUCGACGAGUACGGCGAAUUUGAAAUGAACGCAACAGUCUACCAGGGCACCAUCUACAUCGAAGAGAACCAGUCUGCGAAAGAAGCUCAGACCAAAGUCGAGGAUAGCCAGCAGAGAGCACGGCGAGCAAUGUUUGACCCCGACCAAAUGUCAUUCUGGGGCUACAAAUUCGAAACGCUGUCCACCUUGCCACGACCACUAGCCGAGUGCUCACGAGAGGAAGUCGAAAACCGCGAGAACGAGAUCGUCAACAAUUAUGCCCAAUACUGCUCGGUAGUACGCACAGGCAUCGGCAACCACACCAUCGUGAUCGGAGGCGAAGUAGACGCCGUGGAGGGCUGCAAACCAGACAACCCGGACGACCCGAUCCCCUAUGUCGAACUGAAGACCUCGGCCAGCUUUCGCGCCAGCGACCAUCGCGCAGCCAGUAAAUUUGAACGCAAAAUGUGCCGCUUCUGGGCCCAGUCCUUCUUGCUCGGUGUCCCCAAAAUCAUCAUUGGAUUCCGCACCGUACACGGCCAUCUGGAGCGUCUCGAAGAGUGGAAAACCUUGGACAUUCCCACAUUUGUCCAGCGACAGGGACUGCGGACGUGGAACGGUAAUACAUGCAUCAAUUUUGCUGCUGCAUUUUUGGAUUUUCUCCGAGAGCACGUCAGGGGCAAUGGUACGUGGACUAUUGAGCGGCGCAAGGGCGCCCAAGAGAUCUCGCUGCAUAAGAUCAGUGAGGAAUACUCUCGGGAAAUUGUGCCGCCCGUGUUUUACGAGCAUAGAGAGCAGCAGCAGCAGCAGCAGCAGCAAAAAGAAGAAGAAGAAGGGCUUUCAUAG